AUGAAACUUAUGACAAUUAUCUCUAUUGCACAGAUAUACCUUCUUCACAAACACCUCAAACCUUUGAAGAUGAACCUGCUGACUCUACUAGUUCUUGCAACAUUCGUACAAACAGUACGAAUGAUAGAUAUCAAACUGGGAGUCAACGUCCCCUUCACGGGUACUUGGCCCGGUGGCCCGAAAAUGGCUUCUGCUGUUCUCAUUGCGAUUGACAAAGUUAACAACGAUCCAUACUGGUUACAAGGUUACAACCUCACUUACGCCAUGAAAGACAGCAAGUGUGACCAAAAGCACUCUAUUGCAAAUUUGAUAGAUUUUCGCAUGGAGCAGCCAGUUGCUGAUGCUUUCAUCGGACCAGGAUGUUCCGUUGGUUGCCUUCCAGGGGGUCAUAUUGCAGAYCACUGGAACGUGCCAAUGGUUGCCUGGGGUUGUGCAGCAUCUGCUCUCUCGGACAAAACUUUGUACCCAACCUUUGUUAGGACUGUCGGAACAUUCCAUGGCAUGUCUGAUCUCUUCAAGGCUUUUCUCCCAGCGUAUGGUUGGGAUCGUAUAGCUCUCCUGUGCACUACUGAAACUCUCUGGUCGCAAACUUGUAACAUCCUUAAAACAGGCCUCGAAAGAAACUCUUCCUUCAGUGCUCCAUAUUUUGGUAGCUUUGAUCCUGCUUCUGUAAGCGAUUACACCAUCCGAGCAAUGCUAAAGACUGCAAGAGAAAAGGCGCACGUGAUUCUCAUUAGUGCCUAUGGAGCUGCAAUAAGAAAAAUCAUGUUGGGAGCUUAUGAUCUCGGUAUGCUGGAUGGCACCUACGUUUUUCUUUGCAUGGAAAAUAUAUAUUCCGCGUGUCAAGGAGGAAGUGAUGGAAGGGAUACAGAAGCAUGUGAAGCAUUUAAAGGACUCAUAAACAUCAAUUUCUACAUACCAGAGGGAGAAGCGUACAACAACUUUACAUACGAGGUCUGGAGGCGUAUGCCUGAGGUUGGAUACAAUUUAUCAUCCCCAAGUGAUGUUAAUAUGUACAGCGCUUUUUUACACGAUUCUGUCUUGGUGUACGCGCAUGCUCUAAACAAGACAUUGGACCAAGGUGGAAACUACACAGAUGGAAGGACUAUCACUCAAAAUAUGUUUGGCUUAGAGUUUCUUGGUGAAACCGGGCCACUUGGCAUCGACAACAAUGGAGAUCGGGUCACUUCCUACCAGCUUCAGAUUUGCAAGAACUCUACUUUCGUACGUUUUGCAAACUUUUUUGGAACAACGAAGCAGUACCUUCUCUUGAAUGAAACUGUCAUCUGGCCUGGUGGAGGCACCGCAGCACCCCUUGGACGUCCAAUUUGUGGCUUUGAUGGGGAGCUUUGCCCCCCGGAAGUCGUAGAGGAAGUCGCAACAUGGCCUUACAUCCUUGUUGGAGUGAUCAUUUUUGUUCUAACUGUCGGUGGGCUGCUAGGAUUCCUUAUGUGGCAAAGGAAGAAACAUUUUGAAGCUGAGCUUUUGGCGCAACACUGGCGAAUCAAGUAUGAAGAUAUCAAAUGGCCGCAAACGAAGAAGCAAUUUGGUAGCAGGAGGAGUAUGAUGAGUGUGGGAAGAGGUGAAGCAGGGUCCGAAGGUGGAGAACUCAAAGGCCAAGUUUUCACUACACUGGGAACAUACGAGGGUAACUAUGUAGCAGUCAAACAGAUCUUAAAGCCCAGUUUGAAUUUGACGCGAGAUAUUCUAGUGGAGUUAAAAGAGAUGCGAGAUCUUCAUCACCAAAAUGUUAACCCUUUUGUUGGAGCAUGUGUGGAAUCACCAAACAUCUGUGUUGUCCAAGGUUAUUGUGCCAAGGGAAGCUUGCAGGACGUAUUACACAACGAUAACCUUAAGCUGGAUUGGAUGUUUCAGCUGGCUAUUGCUUCAGAUAUAGCUAGAGGAAUGCACUACCUUCACAACAGUCAAAUACAAGUUCACGGAAACCUGAAGUCUUCUAAUGUUGUUAUCGAUAACCGUUGGACAUGUAAAGUAACUGAUCACGAUCUCAGGCUAUUCAAGGCUGGCCAACAAGAAGAUGUUGAAGCUGGAGUCAACGCCAAAUACUACGACAAUUUGUGGACGGCUCCAGAACACAUUUUCAACGAGGAAAUCCCAUGCUCACAAGCCGGAGACAUUUAUGGCUAUGGAAUCAUCUUGUCAGAGCUCGUUUGUCGAGGGCUUCCGUAUAGCAUGUAUAAAGAUCUUGACCAGAAAACGAUCGUUGAACGCGUGCACAAAGGACAAGAGCCACCCUUUCGUCCUCGUAUUACUGCUGAUUUGGUGGGUCAUCCUUUGUAUAUUCAAAUGGCGAAGAACUGUUGGGCCCAAAACUCUCAUGUGCGACCAAAGUUCAGCGAAUGCUUAAAAACACUCAAGCAGAUGAACAAGGGAAAGGAAAUCAAUAUCAUGGACAACAUGAUUGCUAUGAUGGAAAAGUACACAGAUCAUUUGGAGGAUAUCGUAGCAGAAAGGACCAAAGAACUGCAGGAAGAGAAGAAAAAGACAGAUGAGCUGCUAUUCAGGAUGUUGCCAAGGAGUGUAGCAGAAGAACUCAAGCGAGGGCAUCCUGUUACUGCCGAAACUUUUGACAUGGUCACAAUUUUCUUUAGUGACAUCGUGGGCUUCACGAAACUUGCUUCACAGAGCACCCCUCUUCAGGUGGUUGAUCUUCUCAACGAUUUGUACACUGCUUUUGACGAUAUUAUCGAUAUGCAUGAUGUCUACAAGGUUGAAACAAUUGGAGAUGCCUACAUGGUUGCCUCAGGCCUGCCCAACAGAAAUGCAAACCGCCAUGCCGGUGAAAUUGCUAACAUGUCGCUCGAUUUGCUGGCAUGUAUGUCAAACUUCAGAAUACGCCAUCUCCCUGACCAACAACUCCAACUCCGUGUUGGAAUUCACUCAGGUUCAUGUGUAGCAGGAGUUGUUGGUUUAAAGAUGCCGCGCUACUGCUUGUUUGGAGACACUGUUAACUAUGCUUCACGAAUUGAGUCAAGUGGGUUAGCUCUACGUAUUCAUGUUAGUCCUGAAUGUAAACAGAUAUUAGACGAACUUGGUGGAUACCACCUUGAGGAACGCGGUGAAGUUAGUAUGAAGGGCAAGGGCACAAUUUGUACCUAUUUCUUGAACGGUCGCGACGGAUUUACCAAGCCUCUUCCUGAUCUGGCCUUACAAGCAGGACUUGACGAACAUACUUUCAAAUAA